UUAAGAAAAUGAGUGGAAUUAGGAAGAGACUUUCCUCUUAUAUUACAACUCCUAAGAACAAAAGAGGGAGAAACAGGAGAAAACUAACAGCCAGCAGCACCAGGAAAAAGAAAGAACAAAAGCUUAAAAUUCAGCAGACAGAUUUUCAGAACUACCAACCUACUCUGAUGGAAGACAGCUUGAAGGAUAUCAUCCUUGGUAAAAAGAAUAUGCCUACCUUUGGAUACCCCUUAAUGAAUUUUGACCAGGUUGGAAGUGAGUCUAGCAAAACUAGCAAAGCUAGCCAAGCCCAUAAUAGGAAUGCGAAAAUUCAAAACGACAAACAAGAAUACUCUUUGCUAGAACUUCUGUAUACUCAUGCAAAGCAAAAAUAAAAUGAUGAGUGAUGUGUAUACUGGAUUUACUAGAGGAGUGCCUCUGAGACGCGUGAGUCCAAAUGAUUCUAAAAAUAAGGAAAACUCUGUUCCUCCUCAAAACAGCAAGCAAACAGAUUAUUUUCAUGGAAAUCUAAAGUUUAAAAAUAAUUAUAGAAUGUCAGUAAUGGCUCCAGAGGUAUCAAAACCUGUUUCGAAAUACUCGGAAAAUCUUAAAAUAUCCAUAGGCCCACUACUAAAGCCAAAAAGGAUGAAUUAUUCCUAAUAACACAUUAACAGUGCCUUCUGAAUCACCUCAUAUUGUUAAGAAAGUUCCUCAGAAUCCUGAUAAUAUUCAAAUAAUUCUCCAAACUCCUAAAUUUCCUGAAGAAGAUGUCAAGACAUCAAUUCGGCAUCUUCCGGUGACUAAGACAGAAGACUGCUUCAGUUCAAGGUUGAAGCCU